AAAGACAAUGAAACUUUUUCUUGCAGAUUUCGUAGCAAAUCGUACGUACGUUCGGUUACUUUCCAGUCAUAAGUGAUGGGUGAUUAAUUAAAUAUUAAAGUAAUAAUUGUUGAUCAAGAGACAUGCCCUGCCCACCCUUGAAUUUUUCUUCUCUUGUCUUCUUCAAAUAGUAACUUCACAAGAUACCUCUGAUCUAUUAGGGGAAGGUCGUUUCUUCAUCUAACCAUCGCCAAAACCUACCGUUAAGUCGUUAACUCAAGCCCUUUUUCCUACUAGACAAAACCCUCUGGGUGUGCACUAGUCUGCAGUCUAUGAGUCAGUUGCUGCAUUUGGCAGCUGUUUCCAAGUUUCAUCAAUGGAUGUUGAGUGGCUUCUCGAGUUUCUUAGGGGCAUGAUAAAGCCGGUGGCUGCCCUUGCAGUGGUGCUUAUGGCGGUGCUUUUAUCCUUUAUGCAGAAGUUGGGUUUGGAGGGAGAGAUGAUUUAUUCCAUAUUUAGGGCUUUUCUUCAGUUAUCUGUUAUUGGGUUUGUUUUGCAGUUCAUUUUCAGUCAGGACCGUAGCGUUUGGAUCAUUGUCGCUUACCUUUUCAUGGUCUCUGUUGCAGGUUAUACAGCUGGUCAAAGAGCCAAGCAUGUUCCUCGAGGAAAGUAUGUGGCUGGAGCUUCUAUCCUGGCAGGAACUGCUGUGACCAUGUUCGUGCUUGUUAUUCUGAAUGUUUUCCCCUUUACUCCGAGAUACAUCAUCCCUGUUGCAGGAAUGAUGGUUGGCAAUGCAAUGACAGUCACUGGGGUUACAAUGAAACGACUUCGAGAUGAUAUUAAAGUGCAAAUGAGUCUGGUAGAGACAGCAUUGGCACUUGGUGCAACUCCUCGCCAAGCCACACUUCAACAAGUGAAAAGGGCUCUGGUCAUUGCUCUUUCUCCAGUGCUGGACAACGCCAAAACUGUGGGUCUGAUUUCGCUUCCUGGAGCAAUGACUGGCCUUAUAAUGGGAGGAGCUUCUCCAUUGGAGGCCAUUCAACUACAAAUUGUGGUAAUGAACAUGCUCAUCGGCGCAUCAACUGUUAGCAGUAUCAUGUCUACGUACCUUUGUUGGCCUGCAUUCUUCACACCUGCUUAUCAGUUAGAAACUAAGGUCUUCAGCUCAGAUUGAGUUCUCGUGUUGGUCUUUCUUUUUCUUUAAAAAAAAAAAAAAGAAAAACCAUUUAUACAAUCCCUUGAAUGUAAUGCUUGAAAUGUGAAAAAUUCUAGCAUUUUCCGAGUAACACUUUGAUCAAGGAGGACUCCUUAAUGAUUGAUUCUCCCUCUUAUACCUUGAGAUCAAAUAUGAAGAACAAUCUCUCUCUCUCUC